AUGAGCAGCGCCGCCAAUGGCGACGCGGGCUUCCGCAGCGGCCUGCGCAGCCAGAGCUCGGUGCAGCUCAUGGGGUUCAUCGACCAGUGCGUGCGCGUGGACGUGCAGGAGACGACGGACGAGGGCGAGCUGCGCAUCCGCGGCUACGAGACGCUGCUGGGCACGAGCACGGCCGUGCUGUCGUGCAUCCAGGUGCUGCGCCGCAUUAUCCGCGAGUACGCGUACGGUCGAGUGGGGCGCGAGCUGCAGCACCUCUCGCUCACGGUCGCGUCCUUCGAGCGCGUGCUCUACACGUUCAUUAAGGAGGAGAUCGUCGUGGCCUCCAAGCACUACGCGAGCCGCCCGCCCGUGGACUUCCGCACCAAGACGGCGCUGAAAGACAUCAUCCCGCUCAUCCCCACGGACGAGAGGUACACCAUCCUGUCCGGAGGCGUGGCGUCGCUCUUGCGGCACGCCACCAAGUCCCUCGAGGAGACGCGCCAGGUGCUCGAGGAGCUGCAGUCGGGCUACAAUCCGCACCGCGAGAACCGCUGGUCCCGCACGUCCGUCGUGCUGCUGGUGACGUUCGUGUUCCUGUACAAGCGCUUCCGCAUCCGCACGUCCUUCAAGCAGUUCCUGGUGCAGGUGCUGCCGACGCGGCAGAUGGUCAAGUGGGGCGUCGUGCUGCUCGUACUCGCCGACUACUGGAACCGAGCCAUGUACCGCUUCUCCAACCUCCGGCGCAUCAAGGUGCACCACGCGCGCGUGCUCAUGGCGCUGCGGCUCUUCCUGCUCUGUCAGCACGUGCUGCAGCGCGCGCGGCCCAUCAGCAAUGCGUCGGACCACCGCCUGCUGAUCGACAACCCGAUGGAAGCCGACAUCGACGACGACCUCAAGAACGCCACGACGCUGCUGGUCGAGCGCGUGCCGCUGCCCGCCGAGUACUACGACCGGUCGUCGGAGCCCUGGGGGUUCACCGCCUUCAAGAUCGGCACCAACGUCCUGACAGCCUCGAGCGCGUUCGCCCACUCCAUCCUCGGGCUGCAGAACAAGCUGCUGCUACAGAUCUUCGGCCCGCCGCUGCUUGUAAUGGCCAUCCCGUACUACGCCAUCCGCAACGCCAAGGCGGCGCGCUACACGACGCGCACGCUGAUCGACCACCCGAACGUGGACGUGAUCCGCAUGGGCUGGCAGGUUUUCGGCGAGUCUCGGCUCGUGCGCCUGCUCACGAGUCUCCAGUGCCCCAAGAUCCCCGUGUUCGAGGAGCAGUUCCUGGCCGCGGACGGCUCCGCGCUGAGCAAGAAGCGGAAGGACGCGUCGGACAUCGGCAUUUACCUCUACAGCGCUCGACCGAUGGAGUCGGUCAAGGCUGGGACCUGGACGAACGCCUGCACUCCGUUGACUACGCGGAUGAUCGCUUGCGGAUUGCCGUCGACUCGUCCUGUGCUCCUGUACAUCCACGGCGGAGGCUUCUUCGGGCGGUUCAUCGCGAAGGACUUCUACAACCUAACGAAUUGGGCGUGCGUGUUGGGCGCAGUCAUCGUCUACGUCGAUUACGGUCUUGCGCCGGAGAAACACUACCCGGACUCGAUGAACCAAUGCUACACCGUGUACAAGUGGGUGCUGAAUGGCGGACUGGGCUUCCGACCUGGCAAGAUUGCGCUCUUCGGUGAAAGUGCUGGUGCGAACAUGGGGGCGGCGAUGUGCAUCCGAUGCAUUCAGGACGGCAUCGAGCUGCCGAGUGGGAACGUGUUCAUGUUCCCAGCUUUGAAUCUGCACUUGUCUCCGUCGCCGUCGCGAUUCCUGCACCAGAACGACCCCGUGCUGCCGCGCGGCAUUCUCGAGCUGGCGCUCACCUCGUACUACCCUUCGCACGGCCACUCGAAUCAGUACAAGCUCAACAUCCACGACCCGUGUGUGUCCCCGGGGCUGGCCGAAGACUCGCUGCUCGAAAAGUUCCCGCCGACGUCGCUGGUAGUCGGCGACUUGGACCCGCUGCUGGACGACAGCGUGGACUUCUACACGCGGCUCUCCUUCCUCAAGGUGCCGUCGUCGCUGAAAAUCUACUCGGGGCUCUCGCACGGCUUCCUCAUCUACGGCGACCUGGUGCCGGAGGCGCAGAAGGCGAUCGACGAGACGUGCGAGCGCGUCCAAAACUGCAUCCGGCUGCGUUGA